AAAUUUUUGUCUGAGGAACAAAUUCUGUGAAAAAAGGGUUCCACGGUCAAUCACAUUUGGAAGAUAGCUAUAUAUUCCAGCCUCCUCUUGGAGAUUCAUCGUGCUCUUCAGCAUAUGAAAAGCUUUAAGAAGUUGCACUAAACUUUACUUUUUGUUUUCCAAACUUAUUUGAGCAUAGCAUGCUUUUUUUAAACAACUAUUAAAGUGCUAAACGAUUAGUGGUUAUCUAGUAAUGGCAUCCAAAUCAGGGAUAUUUAGUUAAAGAUAAGAUAGGCCUUGAGUUGGAAAACUAAGAGAAAUUUUCAAUCCUUUCAGUACUUGAGAAGGGAUGGAAUUUUCCAUGCCUAGGAAACUCUGGAGUUGUUCUAAACUCAUUGUUAUUUCAUCUUGAAUUUUCUUUAUUAUUAUAAGAAAAGUUGAGCCUUAUCUGUGAAAGUAGGCUAGUACUUUCAUAUUGCCUAUGAGCUCUGAUGAGGACACCAGAAUGCCACAUACUAGCUAUAUUGUGUGUGUGUGUGUGUGUUGCACACACAUGAAACACAUCUCUUCAGUAGUGGGCUCUGGGCCAGGGGCCAGGUAUUGGAACAUGUCUAGGGGAUUGAGAACUUCAUGCUCUUUAUAUCUUUUUCCUUUGGAAGACACAGUAGGCAAGGUUUCCCCAAAUUCUCCACACCAUUACACUGGAAAAAAGGUCUUGUGCUUGAAAGGGGCCUGAUCUAAACCCUUCAUUUUCCUGGCACCAGUGGAACCCAAUGAAAGGAGAAAGUACUUGGUCUGUAAACCUCUGUGGCCUGGCACUCUUGCAGUCAUGAGUAUAUUAAUUUUUACUUCUCAGCUCUGGGAGUAGCUAGCGCCCAUGCUGUGAGGACAUGCAAGCAACCCUUUGGAGAUGCCCAUGUUGCAGGACCUGAGGCCUCCUGCCAACAGCCAGUACCAACGUGCCAGCCAUGAGAAUAAGCCAUCUUGGGGAGUGGAUCCUCCAGCUCAUUAUACUUUUCAAUGAUUGUAAUUCGUGAAAGACCUUGAACCAGAACCACCCAGUUGUCACUCCCAAUUUCUUGACCCAUAAAAACUGAGAUAACACAAAAUAUUUAUUACUAUUUUAAGUCACUAAGUUUUGGGGUUGUUUUUUUACCUAGCAAAAGACAACUAAUAUGGUAGAUGUGCGUUUUGUAUGGUGUUUUGUUACUGAAAUGACUCUAGAUUUGCAAGUCAUUAAUUUGGUUAGCUCCUUUAAAGCACAAUGCUUACCACGACCCCAGUGCCUCUUAUUCUGGUACACCAGAAAACUGGCUUCUCUCCAAGGAUAAAUAACUGAGAGAAGUGAUAGAAAACUUAACAAUGCUCUCCUUAUAAAAUAAACUACUAUAAUAACCACAGAGAAAGAAAACCUUUUAAUUGCUACUUUCAUUUCACUUUUUGAAAAAAAAAAAUUCUAAGCUUAAUCAUGGAUUUACUUUAGUCCAAGGCAAAUCUUCCAAGUUCUUUAAAAAAAAUUGUUAUUUAAGUAUAAUACACAUACAUAAAAGUGCACAAAUCAAGUGAACAUCUGGAUGCAAUAUUACAAAGUGAACACAUCAUGUAACCACCACCUAGACCAAAGAAACCAAACAUCAGUAGCUUUCCACAAGCCUACUUGGUACUCUCUCAUCACUACUAGUCUCCCUGUUCCCCAAGAGUAACCAUCAUCCUGACUUCUAACAUCAUUCAUUAAUGUUGAACUUCAUAGAAAUGGAGUCACAUAGUAUACAUUCUUUUGCUCAAUUAAUUUGCAUUUUUGAUUUAGGAUUAUAAACAUCUUCCCUGCCAGUAGAAUAUGCUUCACUUGUUAUUUUGGAUAAACGUUGAUAGCCACAGAUUGUCAGCAAGUUCACAAAUACACUAGAGAGUGAAGAUACACGUCUUUAAGAGGAGAAAAGCCUUCCAGUUAUGUAUUGGAAUUUCACUGAAUCCAUGCCUUCUUUUGAUUAUCAUCAGGCAGAGUAGCUAAAUUCUCAGAAGUCCAAGUGCUGCCAUUUUUUAAGCUGUGUGCCUCUGGGUAAGUUGCCUUAUCAUCCAAAUGUUGCUGGGAGGAUGAAGUGAGAUGUAAAUGCACUCUGUAAACUGUAAAACAUGCUACACAUAUUUCAGGUGUUACUUUGAUAUUGAGUUUCGUUUUGGCAGCCUCAGAUGAUGAUGAUUCUUUGAUUCUUCAGGAUGAUCCAUGGGAGCUCACAGACUUGGAUAGAAGCUUCCUCAGGUCAAGGACAACGUGUACAUGUAUUUUUUGGUGUUGGUGGGUGGGAGGGAGGAGGCAGAAAGGUAGGCCAUGGCGGGAACUGACAUUUAGGACUAGUUAUAGCUGUUCUUCGUUGUAGGACCCACUGAGGUAGCUCUCUGCAAGAGCUGGAAUUUCCAGGGUUAGGAAACAGGGUUUCCAGAGUUAUUCCUAUAGUGAGGGGGGCUAGUUUGGAGUGAGCAUGGUACUUCUAUUCAACAAGGAAGAAAGGAGCUCAUCUUUCUUGUUCACUCUGCCAAUAGUAGUCAUUACAGGAAAGGUGAAGAAAAUAAGGGCUAUCACCCAAGAGGCAUUCCAAUCUCCCAGGUACUUACGAAAAAAUUAGUGAGCAAAAUAAACCCACAUCCCUGUUAAACUUGACGGAGUGAGGGAGUGCCCUGAAGGUACAGCAGGGCGGGAUCAUUCUCGGAUGACCUCUGGGAGAGGGGUGCUUGGAAGGGCCUUUGGUAAGUGUGUGAGGUCAGGAUGUCAGGGCCAGAUAUGACCAUGUUCUCGCCUCAAAAGAGAUGGGAAUAAGAUGAUUUGAGAAAAAAAAAACAACAAACCCCAUCCACCUCCCGGCUCCAAGGUGGGCACCAAAUCCUUCAUGUCCUCCAGUGCACCACACAGAAAAGGGGGCCAGACUCUCCUUCAAAAAGCCAACCCUACUUCCCGGCUCACACCCCCUCCUUAAUCACAGGAGGGUGGCGAUGGAUUUAUAACCCACCUCUUUCUUCCAGUUGCCAUGGAGACCAACCCCAGUCCUUUCAUUCCUUCUGGUACCGGGAACAUUUCUCCAACGCAGGCGGAAUGGAGGGGGCUUAGCCCAAACACGCCAGUGGCAAUGUUGGGGGAGGGGGUGGUAGUAAAAAAAAAGAGCGCGGGGCGGGGUGGGGGGCUUGGCGGCCUCGACCGCAGCAGCAGAACCAGGCCGAAGGACAAAGACUAAGGUCGGCCGCAGAUCCAGCCCUUCCGUCUGCCAAAGACUGGCGGCCAGAUGCUGCGCGGGCACCGCUGGGCGGGAGGAGAGCGCGAACCCAGAGAGGAAGGGACUGAGCAGUGGGGCGGGACUCGGGGGCGCGCGGCGGCGUCCCGGGAGAGCUCUGGGGACCUGGGGCGCCGACCUGUCCACCGGUGCGGGCGGGCGCGCAGGGGGAGGAGGAGGCGCGGGUCUCUCCACCCACGCGUCCAUUGGGCAGCGCCGCCAUCACCCGCCCCUCAGCCACACCACCUUCUCCUCCUCAGCCGACCUCGGAUCCCUUCCCCCGCCAUCCUCCACCCCGUUCUGUCCGGGAGUGUCUCAUUGGACGGAGGCGCGGUCAGUCUGCCUCGAGUCAGGGAGCCGAUUGGACACAAGGAUUUCAGGCCGCCCCCAGCCUGUUGGGAUUGGCUUGCUGCGCGUUGGCGCAACGGAAGAGGCGGCUGGCCGAGGGUGCGCCUCUGCUCCGGCUGGACUGCCGCGGAGGAGGCAAAGAGGGGGUGCCGCGCUGGGGGCCUGCUCGGGCGGCAGCGGUGGCUGCAGCGGAUGGGAGCAGGCCGGUUCGGCGCACCUAUGGAGCGCCACGGCAGCGCCGCUGCUACUUCCCCCUCGUCGACCCGUGAGUCGGCGCCCGGAGGGCUCGAUGGGCGGCGGCAGGAGCCGCUGCGGCGCCGGGCGAACAGCGCGUCGGCACCCGCGGUCGGGGCCUCGGCUUCGGCCUCGGCCUCGGUCUCGGCUUCGGCGGAGGGCGUAAGGCGGGACCGACCCGGCUCCUACAGCGGCACUACCUCGGUCUCCCGCCAACGCGUGGAAAGCCUUAGGAAGAAGCGGCCGCUUUUUCCAUGGUUUGGCUUGGAUAUUGGAGGAACCCUGGUCAAGCUGGUUUAUUUUGAACCCAAAGAUAUCACUGCUGAAGAAGAGGAGGAAGAAGUGGAAAGUCUUAAAAGCAUUCGGAAGUACCUGACGUCCAACGUGGCUUAUGGGUCCACGGGUAUUCGGGACGUGCACCUGGAGCUGAAGGACCUGACUCUGUGUGGACGCAAAGGCAAUCUGCACUUUAUACGCUUUCCCACUCAUGACAUGCCUGCUUUUAUUCAAAUGGGCAGAGAUAAAAACUUCUCGAGUCUCCACACUGUCUUUUGUGCCACUGGAGGUGGAGCGUACAAAUUUGAGCAGGAUUUUCUCACAAUAAGUGAUCUUCAGCUUUGCAAACUUGAUGAACUAGAUUGCUUAGUAAAAGGAAUUUUAUACAUUGACUCAGUUGGAUUCAAUGGACGGUCACAGUGCUAUUACUUUGAAAACCCUGCUGAUUCUGAAAAAUGUCAGAAGUUACCGUUUGAUUUGAAAAAUCCAUACCCUCUGCUUCUGGUGAACAUUGGCUCUGGGGUUAGCAUCUUAGCAGUAUAUUCCAAAGAUAAUUACAAACGGGUCACUGGUACCAGUCUUGGAGGAGGAACUUUUUUUGGUCUCUGCUGUCUGCUUACUGGCUGUACCACUUUUGAAGAAGCUCUUGAAAUGGCAUCUCGUGGAGAUAGCACCAAAGUCGAUAAAUUAGUGCGAGACAUUUAUGGAGGGGACUAUGAGCGGUUUGGACUGCCAGGCUGGGCUGUGGCUUCAAGCUUUGGAAACAUGAUGAGCAAGGAGAAGCGAGAGGCUGUCAGUAAAGAGGACCUCGCCAGAGCGACUUUGAUCACCAUCACCAACAACAUUGGCUCCAUAGCGAGAAUGUGUGCCCUUAAUGAAAACAUUAACCAGGUGGUAUUUGUUGGAAAUUUCUUGAGAAUUAAUACGAUCGCAAUGCGGCUUUUGGCAUAUGCUAUGGAUUAUUGGUCCAAGGGACAGUUGAAAGCACUGUUUUCGGAACAUGAGGGUUAUUUUGGAGCCGUUGGAGCACUCCUUGAGCUGUUGAAGAUCCCCUGACUGUUAUGUGGGGAGUGGCUUCCUGGAAACUUCCACAAUGGGAUCUGUGAAAUUUUGUUUUUUAAGAGACUCACUUAAUUUUAUGAUUGUGUACUACCUGAAUCAGAGCAAGAAAGGACAAGUGUAUUUUUCUAAGUCAUCAAGAUAAAUCCUUAAAAAUUCAGUUUAAACUAGUAACCGGGCCCUUCUGUCUCUGCCAGCUUAUUCUCUGAAGACAGUUCAGUAUUGCCAGCCCCCAGGCCAGUCGUGAUUUCCCUAAGCAGUCAUCAGCACGCACCUUGACUCUGGUUUCCCAGGUAGCGUGCCUCACCCAGCACCUGCCUCUGAGGCCCAGCCCCAAGGCCGUGACUGCCUUCCCCUCCCCCUACUUGU